UGUUAUUGGCAUUGCGUUUGAAACUCGCUUGGUCAUUUCGUCGAACACAUUGUCAGCAUUUCACUUGUCUGUCCUUGGUGAGAAACCCUAAUUAGGACCUAGCGGACCCAUUUCGCCCUUUCGAUUGCAAAGCAGCCAUUUUUAUCAGCUUUCAUUUGCACAACUUCGCGCCAUUUCUCUCGGGUUUACAUGUUCGUCAAAACCCAAAGCUUUUUCUUUUCUGUGCAAAGGCUCUUUCACCAGCAUCAACAAUGGCGAGGGAUUACCAAGGUGAGGCUGAAAUGGGUUAAGAACAGAGGCCUGGAUCACAUCAUCGACAUCGAGACUGAUCUCAAAGCGGCUUGUCUUCUCAAGGACGCGAUCAAGCGCUCUACCACCGGUUUCCUCACCGCAAAGUCCGUCGCCGAUUGGCAGAAGCUCCUCGGGCUCACCGUGCCGGUUCUCCGCUUCCUGCGUAGGUAUCCGACUCUGUUUCACGAAUUCCCGCAUGCCCGUUACGCGAGCUUGCCGUGCUUCAAGUUAACCGAUACGGCACACUUGCUUGACGCUCAAGAAGAAAACAUUCACCAGAGUCGUGAGGCAGAUACAGUGGAGAGGCUAUGUAGAGUUCUGAUGAUGAUGAGAAGCAGGACUGCAUCUCUCCAAUCUCUGCAUUCCCUCAAGUUUGAUCUGGGUUUACCCGACAACUAUGAGAAGACAUUCGUCCCGAAAUACCCUGAUCAUUUCCGCUUCGUCAAGGCCUCAAAUGGUAUUCCCUGUUUGAAGCUGACAAAGUGGCGAGAGGAAUUCACAGUCUCGGCCCUGCAGGGGAGAAACGAGACCAGUGGAACAGGGGACGAGUAUAGACAGUUCAAAAGAGGCGAAACCUCGUUGGCUUUCCAGAUGAACUUUCCGAGGGGAUAUGGAGCACAGAAGAAGGUAAGGGCGUGGAUGGAGGAGUUCCAGAAACUCCCAUACAUAUCGCCGUACGAAGACACGAGGAACAUCGACCCGGACAGCGAGCUUAUGGAGAAACGUGCUGUGGGCGUCCUUCAUGAGUUUCUGAGCUUGACGAUCCACAAGAAGACAAAGAGGAAUUACUUGAGGAGCAUGAGAGAGGAGCUGAUACUCCCGCAGAAGUUCACUCGUCUAUUCACGAGAUACCCGGGUAUCUUCUACCUGUCGUUGAAGUGCAAGACCACGACCGUGACCCUCAAAGAAGGGUACCGUAGGGGGAAGCUGGUAGAUCCACAUCCUCUGGCUCGACUUAGAGAUAAGUUUUAUCAUGUGAUGAGAACAGGGUUUCUAUACCGGGGUAGAGGGCUGGGCAUGGUGUCUCCUAGUGUCAUAUCCCUCGAUGAGCCGGAGAAUGAGCCCUUGGAUGAAGGUUCAGAAGAGGAAGAAGAGAUUGUUGAAGGCAGUGACUUUGAAGAUGAUUCAGAAGGAGAAGAGGAAUGAUACAUAAAUUUUUCCAAUUUCUGCUGUAUCUUUUGUCACAGAGACUAUUUGCAGGAAUAUCAAACUGGAAUAUGAAAAAAAAGUUUCAACA